CUUUCCUUAAAGUGUCAUGAAACCCCCUUUUUAUGUUUACAUAUAUGAACAGGUUUCACAUCAGUAAAAACAACUUUAGCACUCAUCAUUGAAGCAAUUUUGUUCUUCAGGUUCAAAAAGCAAAGCUGAGCCUAUGUCAUGAAAAAUGACAUAAAUGCAUUCAUCUGGAGUGGUGAUUGGCUGCUGUGGCUGGAGAGUACACGUCUACAUCAUCAGUUUUUGAGCUUUUUUCAGUAUUAUUCAGGAAAAUGAACUCCACAUCAUUGUAUUAUGCAUGAGGUCAUCUUACAGUGGAGAAUUCAAAUCUUAUGAAAGAGCUUUGCGCUGUAAGUUCAUUUCUGUAAACAUGAGCGUAAAAAUAUUUAAUAUGACAACAUGUGGAGUGCAUGACAAUCGUUUCUGCACUGAAUGCUGUGAUGAGUUUAACAACACUUGCUACAUGGAUCAUAGUUCAUAUCCAGACAUGAGCAAGUGUGCUUCAAGUUUAUGUAAACAUAGUUCAUAUUCUCCUGUGCUCCAAACAUGAACUAGCACGCACACAUACAGGGGCGUAAAUUUUGUCUAACAGUUUGGGGGGACAAUAAACAGAACAUUUCUCGAGCAAUUUAUGAAGAGGACACAAAUAAUACAUAUAAAAUUGUACUUUUUAUGAUAUGUAUACAAAGAGGAAAGCCUUACUACUAUUAAUGUAGCAGGAAGACCUUUUCAAAUUAGACAACUUAAAGGGUUAGUACUCACCCCAGAGGCAUCAUUGGUGAAUGUGACUUUCUUCUUUCAGACGAAUCCAGUCGGAAUUAUAAUAAACUGCUUAUUUCCUAUCAUUGCAGUCAGCGGGAGUUGCAGUGCUUCAGUCCAAAAGAAGUUAAAUAAAAAGCGCCCAUCCAUAAAAAUAAAGUGUUUCACACGGCUCUGGGGGGUGAACAAAGGCCUCCUGUAAAUAAUCGAUGCAUUUGUGUAAGAUAAAGAUGCCAUAUUCAAACCUUAAUAAUCUUGCGCAAACAGCUGUACAUGGAAGCAGCUCCGAGCUGAUGAUGUAUGAGGUCAGGUUUGUGCAUGCGCCGACGAGUCUCGUGAAAACCAACGUUUGUUUACAGGACCAAAGGAAGCAAAGUUUCCAUACUUUAACAAGUCCCCUCUUGGUUUAUAUCAAAAUCCUCUGACAUUCUUCUUUAAAAAUCCUCAUUUUGUACUUCUAAUUAUUUACAGUUGUUUAGAUCUCUCUGCCGUGUUUCCGUGUACGUCACUUCUAAGUGGUGCAUGCUCAAAGCUGAACUCAUGUGUCAUCCGCCUGGAGCUGCUUCUGUUUAUAACAGUGAGUGCAAGCUAUAUUAAACUGAUUAUUACAUUUUGAAUAUGGACAUUUUUCUUACAAAAAUGCAUCGAUUCGUCACAGGAUGCCUUUGUUAGCCUCAGAUUUUUUUUGGGGGUGGGUGGGGGGUUAUCAUGUCUUCUUCAAAUAAAAGAUGCACAAAUAAUGUCAUGCACUGAUACAUUGACAGAAACAAUUAUAUAGACCAAAAAUUCAAAGAAGAGUAAACUGAAUAUAACUGCCUUUAUUCUUUCUGUUUUAAAUAUAUUUUAACAUCCAUUAGUCUGUAUAAUGAGUAUGUUGUAUAGGUCUGUAUUUUAUUGGUUGUUUUCUCCCCUAUUCCCACCACCCACUUUUCCACAGUUUUACAUGCCCAUUUCUGGAGUCUUUUUUCAGAUCCAAGGUGUGAAAGACCAGUGCUGAAACGGGGGUUUCAUGACACUUUAAAUCCUUGAGCCAUCUUAAAUCUGUAUUUAAAUCUUUGAGCCAUCCUGAAUCUUUCCUUCAACUUUUGAACAAUCUAUUUUUUUUGUAUCCUUGAACCAUGAAUCCUGUAUUUUCAAACAUUUAAACAAUCUCAAAUCUUUAUUUAAAUCCUAAAAAUAAUCUUGAGUCCUUGAAACAUUGUGAAUCUUUUCUUGAAUCUUUGAGCCAUCUUGAAUCUUUCCUUGAGUCUUCGAAUCAUCUCGAAUCUUUUCAUUUAUUUUUUUUUCCUUUAAAUCUUCAACAAAUUAGAGUCUUUAUUUGAAACAUUGAAGCUUUACUUUAAUCUUUAUAAAUCCUAUGAAUAUAUCUUAAAAAAUUCUUUGUUACAGUCAAACAUGUGGAUACACUAUAAAACAAUUUUGUUUUUCAGAAAACUUACUGUGACUUUACCUGAUGUGAUUCUUGCAGUGAAUAUGACCCUUGACCCUGACACAGCAAACCCCUGGUUGGUGGUGUCUGCAGACAGGAAGUGUGUGACAGACGGCAAUGAAGAACGCAGCGUUCCAAACAAUGCCGAACGUUUUGACACAGCACCGUGUGUCCUGUCGAGAGAGCCCAUCUCAAGGGGAAUAACUUAUUGGGAAGUUGGAGUCUCAGGUAAAACAGCAUGGGACUUGGGAGUGGCCAGGAAAUCUGUCAACAGGAAGGGUUUGGUGACACUGAGCCCACAGGACGGUUACUGGGCAGUUUGUCUGAGAGGGGGCAGCGAGUACAGGGCCUGUGACCGUGAAUCAGUACUUCUGUCACUAAAAACUCUUCCACAGAGAAUUGGUAUAUAUGUGAAUUACGAAAAAGGUCAGGUAUCAUUUUAUGAUACGAGUGCAUGCACACAUAUAUACUCAUUCACUGGACAGUGCUUUACCGAGAGCCUACUGGCUUACUUCAACCCAGACAUGAAUGACACAGGAAAUAACAAUGCCCCACUGGUUAUACAACCUGUCAGUUCUGAGAAUGGGGAUCAGACAUACGAUAUUGUAACAAUAUGAAGAAAGACAAUCUACAAAAAUAGAAAUGUAACAAAGCAAACAUUGUCAGAUAUAAAACAGUUGAUGUAGAGUGUUGAUAAUUGUUAUUCUAUUUAAACGUUUAUCAAUUUUUUUGUUGAAUGAACUGAAAUCAUUGUUUUUUUUCCAAGAUUUGAUUUAAUGUGAUAUUUGUGAUUCAUAAAUAAAUAAAG